GAGCCAAAAAGAGAGGAGAGGUCAGCUCAUUUAGUUGAUUACUAUUUCUGUCUCUGUAGCAUAUAUGGACUAUGUGGGUAAGUUAGGCUUAGGCUGUAUUUUCCUAAUCAUGGAACUGGCUUCGGACUAUCCCUCUUUUCUUAUGAAGUUUACAGCUGCAAGGAAAAACAAGAUGUAGAGAGGAUAUCUGCCGGCAGUUGUAUGUCGACAAAUAGCGCUGUAGAAAUCCUCUUGGUGAUAAAGCUCACUUCAUCAUUGAGCUAAUUGCAAAAUGGAUCUUAAUUAACUAAUGUUGUCAGCUUCUAAAUAGGGGUCUUCCAUCUAAGGCUUUGACUGGAUGCUGCUUCUUAUCGUGGCACUGAAGUGAUGUCGUCAUGUGGUCUUCGUAAUUGUUUUAAUUUGGAGCUUCUUUUAUUGGCCUCUUAAUACAGGUUCGAUGUAACGUCUUUGAAGGGGCAAGUGGUGAAGUUGCUCUUACAGCUGGUGGUGGUUUGAGGCAGCAACCUGGACUAACCGAUACAUUUGAAAAUGCCGCGCUGAUUGGAGUUCACUAUGAUGGGAUUUUCUAUGAAUUUGUGCCUUGGAAUGGUGUUGUCAACUGGGAAGUUGCUCCAUGGGGCUCCUGGUACAUGGAAGCAGGAAAUGAGACUCACAAGGUUGUAGUGGAGGCAACAACGAAAGAUCCUGGAACGACAUUGCGUGCUCCAACUGCAGAGGCAGGCCUUGCUCCAGCUUGUAAGGAUUCUUGUUUUGGUGAUCUAAAGCUGCAGAUAUGGGAACGGAGAUACGAUGGGAGUAAGGGAAAGAUGAUCUUGGACAUGACGAGCAAUACGGCGGCUGUGGAAAUCGGAGGAGGGCUGCGGUUCAACACUUGGAAAGGCAAGACCUCCACGCCGGACCUUCGGGGUCGUGCUUUAAGCGUUCCAGUUGAUGUGGAUGGGUUUUUCGGUUUGGCUUCAUUCCUCAAGCCCCCUGGUCUAUAGUUGAUAGCACCUCUUCACUUUGUGUUGAGCAAAUUGAACAAUGAAUGCCAUUAAGGU